UAAUUCAAAAUGCCCCGCUUUCUCUCUCUCAAGCUCUAGUAGUUUCUCUCUCUAAAUCCACUAUUUAAAAAGUAGCAUUUUUUAUUAUACUCUUUCAGGCGUGUAACUUCUUUGCCAAAGUUUAAUUUCCGGGAAAAGAAAAAAGAAAAUUUUCCUUUUGGGAAGCAAAAGUCUACCCUUUCACACCUUUCAAUCUCACACCUUUGGAAAUUGACCACUCUAGGGUUUGGCAGCACUCAAGUCCAACCAAAGGUCUGUUCUUUGCCGGUUUUGUUGCUUGUUUUCUUGGUGAUCCCUUGUUUUUUUCUUGGAAUUUCUGUGACGCGUUAAUCUCCAUCUCAUUAUGUACUCUUCGAUUGGUUUUAACAUGACAGUUGAUUCUGAUCUUCUGGUUAUUCAUCUGAUUACAAGAGUAUGUCUUUGAGACUUUGACUCAUUGAAAUUCUUGAGCUCUCAUCAAAGAAAUCUCUAUCUGCGUUUGCUUUAUUAAUUUGGGUUUUCUAGUACUUGGGGUUUCUGUUUUAUCUGUUUAUGGAUGACUGAAGAUCUUCCAAAUGUGUGAAUUUUAGAAAUUUUCAAGUAUUUGUGGUUUUUUUUAUAUUUUUUAUUUGGAUCUUUUGGGUUUUCUAGUAUUUGGGUUUUUGUUUUAUUUGUUUAUUGAUGUCUGAAGAUCUUCCAAAUGUGUAGAUUUUAGAAAUUUUCUAGUAUUUGUGGUGUUUUGAUUUGGGUCUUUUGGGUUUUAGGGAUUUCUUUUUUUCUUUUUUGGGGUGGUGAGAUGGAGGAGGUUGAAGAAGCUAACAAAGCAGCGGUAGAGUAUAGCCAUAGAGUUCUUAGUCUUAUAUCUCAGGGCCAAGAUCAGAUUCAAUAUAGGAAAUUAAUGGUAGAAACUGGGGAGGCUGUAUUAAGGUUCAAAAGAGUUACUUCUCUUCUUACUACUAGUUUAGGUCAAGCAAGAGUGAGAAAACUCAAGAAUAUACAGGCCCCCUUGCCACAAAACAUCCUCUUGGAGCAGCCAAUGUGUAAGAUAGAACAUCAACCCAAGCCUCUUCCACUUUUUCAGACUAAUUUUCCCGAAAACCCAAUUCAAGAAAUGGGUUCAAAUGUUAAAAGUUCUCUUACAUUGGGAAAUUCAUCUUUGGAAAUGAAUUCAAAUGGAGAGAACUCUCUGCAACUUGCACAACAAACGCCACAGACGAGCUACCAUCAGUUCCCCCAGCAGCAGCAACGACAGCAAGAAAGGAUCCGGCUUCAGCAUCAACAGAUGAAACAGCGGGAGGAUACGGUUUAUGGUUGGAGUAAUAGUGGCAUCAGUCUGAAUUUUGAUAGCUCUAUGUCCACACCCACCAUGUCAUCCACUAGGUCUUUUAUAUCUUCAUUGAGUAUUGAUGGGAGUGUGGCUAAUUUGGAUGGAAAUACUUUCCAUUUAAUCGGGGCAGCUCGCUCUGCAGAUCAGAAUUUGCACCAGCACAAGCUCCGGUGCUCUGGAAGGGGCGAUGAUGGGAGCGUGAAAUGCGGAAGCAGUGGUAGAUGCCAUUGCUCAAAGAAGAGGAAACAUAGGGUGAAAAGAUCAGUUAAGGUACCUGCUAUCAGUAGCAAGCUUGCAGAUAUCCCUCCUGAUGAGUAUACUUGGAGGAAGUACGGGCAGAAGCCGAUCAAGGGUUCUCCUCACCCUAGGGGAUACUACAAAUGUAGUAGCAUGAGAGGUUGUCCUGCAAGAAAACAUGUCGAGAGGUGCUUGGAAGAACCCUCAAUGCUUAUUGUAACUUAUGAAGGCGAGCACAACCACGCCAAGAUACCAUCCCAAUCGGCAAACACAUAAAUUCUCAUGGAAAGCUUCACAAAGAUCACUUCAAGCGCCUCAUGUUCAAUCAAUGAACUCUGUUUACAAUUGGCAUGAAUUGCUUGUGUGUAUAUUUCAUGAAAAUCGUUAUCUAAGCUGGAGGCACAUAAAGAUCGCCAAUAUGAAGCCUAGUGCAAGAUGGAACAACUCUGUGGUACUGAGGUAUCUGAUUGUAAGAACAAUCCUUCAUUUAUAGACAAUUCCCUUUUUCUUCUUUAACAGUUUAGGGAUGUUGCUUUAAUAGAUCACCUUUCUUAGAGGUGUUUAUGUUUUGAUUGAAUAGAAAUUUUCUAUAGUUUAUUGUUGCUGGGUUAUAAAUGUUCAUCACUUUGCAACAGUAGUUAUAAAAUUUAGAAAUCUGCUCAAGAA